AUGGCUUUCCACAGCCUCUUUAUCCCUGUUAUACUUGCUUACACAGACACUCCGGUGCAGUGUGGAGCUCAAUCUAUCGACCUGGCCAUCCAGAUUUGUCCUGUUCUUUACACAGGAUAUAACGAGAACCUGCGGACUUUGAAACAAAUAACGGGCGUUUCGGGUUGUCAAGGGCUUGUUCUGAGUGCUCCGGGCUCUGGCGCUUCCUCAGACGUGUCCAGUACUCAGACGCUCAGCAUUACUGGCCAGGUUCAGUUCAGCAACGCACAGCUGAAGUAUUUGCACUCAUGUUCCUAUCCACUUGAACACCUGAUGAACAACACACAGGUUGAUGUGUAAUCCACCUCCAUUGCAGUGAGGGACAACAACGGGACAUUCAUCAGCACACUGAGCCUGCGGCUCUUCAAAGACAGCAACUACACCCUGCGUUUGAUUAUCCCUCCUCGGGGUGUUGAUCUGAGAACUGACAUUUGUGUUCAGGUCAUCGUUGCAAACCUCUCAACAGAGUAUAACGUGCUGUUGGAGAGAUGCUUCACCUCCAUCUCCCCACAACCAUCCAACUCCACCUUUCUUAAUCUUUUUGUCUCAUGUCGGAAGGACCAGCACACCACCGUGACAGAGAACGGCCAGUCCCAGCGUGCCCACUUCAGCUUCCCGGCUUUCCGCUUCACCGAGUAUCAGAAGCAGAUGGUGUCCACCUACCACCUCCACUGUGUCGUCAGGCUGUGUGAGCACAGCACCUGCAGGGAGUUCAGGCAGUGGAGGAGACGGAGGUGUGAGAAGGCAACACUGCGGGUAGAUAGCAUCUCAGAUUCCAUGUUCAUCGCCUCCUUGGCCAUCCUGACAUGAGCACCAUCAUGUAUGUCCAGCAGGUUUCAUUCAGCUCGAUUCAGUUCACGGGAGCAGCAUGUCCAUGCUGCUACAGUGGGACUGGGCAUCGCUGUGGUUACCCUCAUCCUAGUGAGCAUGAUUACUAUAGAUUCAGGAUGUCCUGCUAAUCGACAAUGGGGAGGGAGUGGCUUCCUGCAGGAUGUCCAGAUGGUACAGGACACCUGGACUACACCCUGGAGCGUGACCUUGCGUGGAAACAGCCUUGAUAAUCACCUACAGGUCCAUGCAAAGAGAACAGACAGAUGA